AUGGCUGAAAUCCAGAUCUACCAGGACCCGUUGAUCCUGCUGCUGAAGGAUCCAGGUCUCAACAAAGAUAAAGAGAAGUCUAGUAAGCUGCUCUCUUUAAUAAGAGGGAUUCCACAGGAACAGGUGAAACUGAAACAAUCAUGUCUUGAUGGGUUCCAGAUCCUUAGGGAUCUUGAAAGAAUAGGACUACGUUCCUCUACAUGGCAUAAGGCCUCGUUGAAUUUCCAGAUAGUGUCCCGAGGAGUUCAUAUGAGUCCGGAAGAGUUCAAAAAACGUCAACUCAAUUCACAAUUGGCCACGCAGAUUUUGCAGAGUUGUCUUGAUCUGAGACGGUUGCUUAUAGAUAUCAGCGAAGAGGUCGAGGACUUGAACGAGUAUGUCUCUAGUCUCUCGCCUCUUCAGUGCAUUUCCGAUCCAGGAACGAUCUUAUGUGAAUUGAGCUUUAGGAUUAUUCGGCUGAAAAACAAAUUGGAAGAGGAAAUUUCGGUAACAUACUCCAAGGCCAAGCUCAUCACCAUCGGAAAAGAGCUGGAGGACCAUCUGUUUCUGUAUGACGAUAGCCACCCUCUCUCCGAGGAAACGGUUGAAAAAUAUACCUCAUUUGUUAAUCAACUAUUAAAGCAACUCAAUGAUUGUGUUUCCCAGAACGAUACCAUUGGAACCAUGGAAUGCGUUGCAGUUGUCAAUGACGUUGAAAAGAUGUUCGAGGCGAUGCAGUUCAAGCGAAGAGUACUCGAGCUCAAAUCACCAACCAAUAGUUUUAUGGAGAACUCCGAAACUCUGGGCAAUUCCAGCACUUACGACUCGGAUGACGACUUCAGAACCCAUUCUACAAUGUCUAGCAUUUCAAGUUUGGAGGGUUCCUACAAUAUGGCCAAGCCCUCUUCCAGGCCCACCUCCAGGCUAUCAGCCGAAUUGCCUGGCCUGAUGAGUGCCUUCAAAUCGCCGCAGCCACUUUCAAUCGGCGAAAGAUUUUCUCCGAGUCAGACGCUGAAUCUUCCUGCUGCGUUUUCUGCUUUUUCACCUAUAAAGGGGCCAACUUUCAAAAAUGUCAAGGAGACUGGCGUUGUGCCUCAGAGUGUCACCAAGCCAAAUCAGUCAAUAUCACAGCCACCUACUCAAACCCUGGCACCAUACCCAUUUCUGAAGUCAAAUUCCUCACUUUGGGGCCAGUCUCUUUUGAAACCCCCGAAGGGCGGUAUUUCAGAAGAUAAAUCUGCAAAAGAAUUCAUUCUGCAUGAUAUCGACAACCUCAUUGACUGA